AAAUGAACAGGAAAAACAGUACUCUUAGUAACACGGAAAUAAUAUGUAGGAGAUAUAGGAACAAGUGAACAACAUAGAAGCAGAGCAUGGCGAAUCAAUUGGGAAAUCUAGUGGAAUCGAUUAAGUCAAAGGUGAGGUCCCUGAAGAACAAGAAGAAGAAGCAGCCAAGCAAGCCUUACAUCAAGAUUGACAAGAGUGCCAGCGUUAAGGUCGAGAUUCGCAGCAAAAAAGCUCGCAAGCUCAUUGAAAAAACAUUGAAAGCUGCUGAUAAUCCCGGUAGCAAUGGAAUGGAAAAGAAAAAUCUGAAACAAGCUUUGUGGACAACCUAAGCAGCAAGUUUUUAAAAAAUAGUACUUUCGAGGGGGAGAAAAUAUAGAUCCUACAAUUAAGAUCUUGGAAUUGGCUUAAAGCCAAGUUGCAAGGUUUUAAUUUUUCUUUCUUUGAAUGGAUGAUGAAUCCAUCUUAUUAUGAUAUAUGUAUUUUGUAUUUGGUUAGGCACCCCUUAUACCUUUAAAUGAACAUGUUUGACUAAUAAGCCAAGUUACUGAUGUGUAAAACGAAAUUUCUUGUAUUAAA